UAACAUAUUUUUACCAUUAUCGCUCAUCUCUACUCCUGACAACGCUAAUAUUUAUUGAUAAGAAUUUCUGUACAAAAAAUAUGCCUGUUAUGCUGCUGUCAUCGUUCCCUUGCUAAUACUGCGAUACUUAUAAUAGUUUUUCCGUAUGUAUUAUAGUGAUGUGAUUAGGAACUUUCAAACGUUUGCUUUUAAAAAGUCAUUUAUUAUACUAAGAAUAGUUUUUCGAUAUGAAUGGAAACAUUAUAAAUAAUUUUUAGGUUUGAUAUGUAUGGGAUAUAUGUAAUUAUGUUUUUUGAAAUAAUGAAAACAUUGUUACGUGUUAUGAUAUUAUUUUCAAUAUUGAUCAUUGGAUUUGCCUUAACAUUUUGCAUUUUGAAACCAGGUGGAACUGAUUUAAUUUUGGUAGAUAAAUAAAAUGAAAAUUUUAUUCAUUAAAAAGAUAAAAAUUGUGAAUUCACUUUUUUUUUCAAUUUAGAAAUUUGAAAUAUCAAAGCCAAAAAAUUUUUUUUUAAUCAUAAUAAAAACAUUAACAAUGAUGUUAGGUGAAUUAGAAUAUACACAAUCAUAUAUGGAGCCAAUAUUAAAUCAAGAUAAUACUCAACAUUUUUCAUCUAUAUCUCUAUUUUUCAUUCUUUUAUUUGCAAUUUUAAUGCCUAUAUUACUCAUGAAUUUAUUAGUUGGAUUAGCUAUUGGCGAUUUAAUUCAAAUACAACGUAAUGCUAGAUUAAAACGUUUGGCUAUGCAGUGGAUAGCAAAUCCAUUCAAUGGCACAAAAAAGCCUGAAAAUAGUGAGAAUUUAUCAGCAACAACAAUUGAGAAUGAUUUAUUUAUUUUUAUGUAUAAACAAAAAAGAAGACAAAAUGAAUUACGCCGACAAAUGGAAAAAUUAACCGAUUUAGUUCGUUUAAUCAUUCAGAAAAUGAAUAUAUCAUCUACUGAAACUGAUUUGAAUGAUUAUGACAGACCAACAAAAAUGCCCGUUAACUGGAGUAAACUUCGUCUAACAAUGAAAGCUGCAAAUAAUUUCAAGUCGUUUAUACGACCAACAUCAUCGUCUAAAGUAGUAGAUGACGAUGAAAACGAUGAUAAUUAA